GACAGGGUACAGUCAGGCAGAGCCUGCACUCCAGCUUCGUGUUCAGUUAGGCAACAGACGCUCUCCUCGCUCUCCCAUCCCUUCUUGGUUUUCAUUUUGUUUCGUUUUUGUUGGAGCAGAACAUCAAUAAGCAGCAGCCAUGGACGCCAUCAAGAAGAAGAUGCAGAUGCUCAAGCUCGACAAGGAGAAUGCCUUGGACAGAGCUGAGCAGGCUGAGGGAGACAAGAAGGCAGCGGAGGACAGAAGCAAACAGUUAGAGGACGAUAUAAGAGAGUUGGAAAAGAAAUUGCGUUUAUCUGAAGACGAGAGAGAUAAAGUGUUUGAGGAGCACCAAACUGCUGAGGAGAAGCUGCUAAGCGCUGAGGAGGUCGCCACCAAGGCUGAGUCAGAUGUCGCCUCCCUUAACAGACGUAUCCAGCUGGUUGAGGAGGAGUUGGAUCGUGCUCAGGAGCGUCUUGCCACUGCCCUGACCAAGCUGGAGGAGGCUGAGAAGGCUGCUGAUGAGAGCGAGAGAGGCAUGAAGGUCAUUGAGAACAGGGCCAUGAAGGACGAGGAGAAGAUGGAGCUGCAGGAGAUCCAGCUCAAAGAGGCCAAGCACAUCGCUGAGGAGGCUGACCGCAAAUAUGAGGAGGUUGCCCGUAAGCUGGUCAUCAUUGAGAGUGACCUGGAGCGCACAGAGGAGCGCGCUGAGCUCUCAGAAGGCAAAUGCUCUGAGCUUGAGGAAGAGUUGAAAACUGUGACCAACAACCUGAAGUCACUGGAGGCCCAGGCCGAGAAGUACUCACAGAAGGAGGACAAAUACGAGGAGGAGAUCAAGGUCCUCACCGACAAGCUGAAGGAGGCUGAGACUCGUGCUGAGUUCGCUGAGAGAUCAGUAGCCAAGCUUGAGAAGACCAUUGAUGACUUGGAAGAGAAACUGUCACAAGCUAAAGAAGAGAACCUCGAUAUGCACCAGAUGCUGGACCAGACUCUAAUGGAACUGAAUAAUUUGUGAAAGCACGGUCUGACCCCCCACACGCACUGUGGUUUUGGCUUUUUGUACUUGCACCAUGCUUACCCUAAACCCCUCGUCUCGUACCCCGCCCACGGUGGAGAUGAACCAGCCAGAUGCUAUUCCUAUUGCACCGUCCUGCCUUCAGCCGAUCUCGACCAAGGGGCAAAGCUGAGGGGAAGUAAAGCUUAACCAUUCCCUUUGAUGAAGCCUCAACUGAGAAACAAGAGUGUUUUUUUUCUCAAGCCAGUUCUUAAUCUUGUAAUGGUGCCUGCCUUUUGCAAUCCUUGAGAUAGAUUUUUUUCUUUUCUUAUUUUGACAAGUCAUCUGGUGAAAUGACAUUUGCAAGAUUGUUUUCCACAUCUGAUCUGGUACGUUCCAUUCCACCUUGAUUAUGCACAUACCAAAGGACAAAGUGGAGAAAUUUUGCACCUAGUUAAACCUUAACAUUAUGCACAUUUUGGAUUCUGUAAGACAAACUAUGUUUAAAAAGAUACAUGCCCUCCUCCAAGAAACUUUCCUCACAAGUGUAAGUAUACAUUGGCUAUGCCUGUCAGCGUGUAUACUGGUGCUACUGGAUUGUUAAGCAACGGCCGAAUAUUCGUAGUCUUUAAAACCACGGUUCAA